AUGAGGCCACUCAGCAUAUUCCUGCUGCUCUCCAUUGCCUUGUGCUGCUUCUUGGAUACUGUUCAAGCUAAAGACCAAACCCGAGAGGCUAAAUGUAAUCCCAAUUUUCCUGGAUGCCCAAGAGAUCUUGCCCCUGUCUGUGGCACCGAUGGUCAUACUUAUGGCAAUGAAUGCGUUCUGUGUAUGGAAAAUAAGAAAAGACAUGUUGCUGUCCGCAUCCAAAAAGAUGGGCCAUGCUGA